CAAAUCAAAUCAAUGUUAUUCAUUUAUCAAAUCACUUUUUCAAGAUCACGAGAAGAUUUGAACUUCCUAUCAAAACAUCAGGACACAGUUCAAAUUAUCUCUCCCUGAAGGUGGAAAAUGCGUCAGUUAAUGGAAGCUGAAAGGAAAAAAACCGAGUGAUCUCAGUCAAAACGCAAUUCCAUGAGAAAAGUAUUCCAAUGGAAUGAUCGCUGUUUGCGUACGCACGCACAUCUACUCCAUAUCGCACGUGUGAAUCUCGAACCUUAUUGAACGCAGGCCGUUGGGAGGAUCAGCAUUGCUUGUCCAACAGCACGUGGUGGUGAUGAUUAUGAUGAAGACGAUGAUGAUGUUGAUAGUUGGCGUAAUACUGGUGAUGGCGAUGAUCUUAAUAAAUUGACAGCAAACAAUAGUGGUCGACCAGUCGCGCAACAAGGAAAGAGUCCACUCGAACGGAAAUUGGCUCGAGAAUCAAGAUUGAACGGUUAAUUGUAAUUAUUCGUUCAACUCGAUAACAUGUGAUUACAUAUUGUCUGGACUUUGAAAUACAAUUAUCAUUCUCAUUUGGAUCAACACGGGAAAUCAGGUCAAUAUGCAAGUGACCAAAGCAUUCGGAUCUUGUCGAACCAACUCGAAAUUGCUGGUUGUGCUCCAGAUUCUGGGGAUCUUACUCUCCAUGUUCCAAACCAUCCAACAGGUGGAAGGGGGUCGCAAUCCUGGAAAUUGUGGACUCUCGUGCUACAGGUGGAAAAAAUGCAAGGGCAAGAUGAGUGAGUUAUCUAGCACUAGUUCGAGCGUGCGACCAGGCCAAAGUGGAACAACGGGACAAUUAUUCUUCAAUAAGUGUGGCGAUCCUCCUUCCAAUUGCCCAUGUGAAUAUGAGGAGCCCCACGUCAAACCCAAGAAGCCGGCCAUGCCACGUUACAUGUCUCAGUACAUUGAGCAUGAAGCAAGCAUGUGGCUAAGAAACCAUGUGGAGUUCUUCUGAUUCCACUCAUCCUCCAAGUUCAAAGGUUUUCGGUGGAAAAUUUGAAAACCUUACUGAAGCGUUUGUCUGUGACGAGCCUUUUCAGACAUUUCAUGUGAAUGCUUCAAAUUUAUUUAUUCAGGAUGUAACAAAUACAAAAAUAAACAUGACUGCACUUUUGUAAUAUUCUAAAUAAAUAUCUUCAGCGUUA